AUCAUUACAACGCUCAUCUACAAGUUUGUCCUUGUCACAGGUCCUUGGUGUGUCCUUCCUUCUCUGCCGGCGGUUGCACACGUGUUUUUCUACAACUCUUGAAUAAAUAAAUAAUAGUUACAUUUAAUUUAUUUACACAAAAUAAACGGAAACAUGAAGGAUCCAAUACGUGUUUUGGUAACUGGUGCUGCUGGUCAGAUUGCAUAUUCAUUGCUGUAUUCUGUGUCGAAAGGAGAUGUAUUUGGUCAUGAUCAACCAUUAUCUUUACAUCUUUUGGAUAUCGCACCAAUGAUGGGAGUGUUAGAAGGCGUUGUCAUGGAAUUAAAUGAUUGUGCAUUUCCUUUAUUGAGAGAAAUUAUAGCUACAGCAGAUGAAAAAGUAGCUUUUACUGACAUUGAUGCUGCUUUUCUUGUUGGUGCAAUGCCUCGCAGAGAAGGUAUGGAACGUAAGGAUUUACUCGCAGCAAAUGUUAAGAUUUUCAAAAGCCAGGGCAAAGCAUUAGAUCAAUAUGCAAAGAAAGAUGUUAAGGUUUUAGUUGUUGGAAAUCCUGCGAACACCAAUGCUUUAAUCUGUAGUAAAUAUGCACCAUCGAUCCCCAAAGAAAAUUUUACUGCUAUGACGAGGCUUGAUCAGAAUAGAGCUACAUCUCAGAUUGCCAAUUUGCUGAAGGUGAAUGUAAGUAAUGUAGCAAAUAUUAUUAUCUGGGGUAACCACUCAUCUACUCAGUAUCCUGAUGUGUCUCAAGCUAUAGUUAAUAUAAAUGGAGCAGUAUCCAGUGUUCCAGAUGCUGUUAAAGAUGAUGCAUAUCUUCAAGGGGAAUUCAUUACAACUGUACAAAAAAGGGGAGCUGCAGUUAUUGCUGCUAGGAAGUUAUCAAGCGCUAUGUCUGCUGCUAAAGCUGCAUGUGAUCACAUGAGAGACUGGUUUUUUGGAACACCAGAGGGAAAAUUUGUUUCCAUGGGAGUGUAUUCAGAUGGAUCGUAUGGUGCUCCAAAAGAUGUAAUAUACAGCUUUCCUGUUACAAUAGGAGCAGACAGAAAAUGGAAGAUAGUUCAAGGUUUACAAAUAAAUGACUUUUCUCAAGAGAAGCUGAAGGUAACAGGAGAGGAGUUGCUGCAAGAGCGUGAAGAGGCUCUUUCAGUUUGUCAAGAUUGACUGGUUGCUCCCCCUACAGCCAACUUAUAAAUUCCCACACCUUUUAGUUCGAAGAACACUUUUUGUAGUUAUUCUAUAGAAUGUUGGUUUUUGAAACUUUAAAAAGUAUAAUAGUUAUUAAUAUGUUCGUAGAAAAUCCAGAAUUUCUAAUUGAAACUUAACACAUUAAGCACAUGAUUGGAAAUUGUGCUGCUUUAGGUAAUUUCACAAAACCCUAAAGAAUGGCAGAACUUUGCAUUUUUACUAGGUCACAUUUAUAAAUGCAAAAAAAUUAAAAAAACUUCAUUAACCCUGUUUGCAUAAUACAACGAAAAAGCAAUGGUUUCCAUUAAAGCUUACUACCUAAUAUUUAAAAAAUUCGUUAUAUAGUUUUAUAAAAAAUUAAAGCCUAAUGAAAUUUUUCAUUUCUAUAAUUUUAAAAUUGGCUGUAGGCUGGGAUGUAUUUUUUAAACAGAUGAAAUCUUGUUUCGUUAUUUCAAAAUAUUUGCUAUAUUUUUAUACAGUAUAAUGAUGCAUUUUUAUAUAUACAUUUAUGAUGUAAAAAGUAAUCUUUGGCCAUGGUCUUGCUGCUCAGAUUGUUUCAAAUUUUGUGCAUAAAUACUUAAAAUAAUCAAAGAAUUUUAUUGUUAAAUUUGUUAGCCACUUCUUUGUAGCUAUAUAUAUAUAUAUGAUUGCAUAUUAAAUGAAAUUUAUAAAAUGA